CGCAUUCGGCAAAAUGGCGGCGCGCGUUAAACGCGCUGGUGUCGUUUAAAACCAUGUUUAAACCAAUGUUUAAGCUCGCAUGCGAACUCGUACUCAGCGACAAAUGAUUUUUGUGAUCACAGUGACAAUUCAACUCGUCAAUCUAUAAAGCUCAACUGCCUUAUUUAAGGGAACUAACCCGUGCUCACAGGACAUGUGCUGUCCUGUCGACGCGUUGAGCGUCUACGCACUUCUCUGCCGCGAGGCACCGGCCUACUGACUCGACCGUGCAAGCUAUGGUUCAUGUUUUAAAAACAAUUUUGUAACCCGUCAUGGCCGGCGUCGAGCAGUGGGUCAGCGAUCAGCUGCACUCCAUUUUGGGGUUGAGCGAUCGCUAUGUUGCUCAAUUUCUAGUUAACAUGGCCCAGAAAAGUUCGUCUCGACAGGACCUCGUUGAGAAGAUACGUGACACCGGCACUAUUUCUGUUAACGACGAUGUCGUCGGAUUCGUGGGACAACUGUGGGACAAGGUACCGCACAAGGAGCAGCGUGAGAAGCCAGCACGUGCCCGUGAACGAGCCAUACAAGAAGUGCUUGAGCAGAAUGCUAAGUACACGCUGCUUCCUGACAGUGAAGAUGAAGCAACAUCAACAGCUAGUACGAAGAAGAAAACGUCAAAGAAACGUCAUCUCCGCCGGAAAGCAGAUGAUGGAAGUGACGAGGAGAGGCCAACCGCCAGCAGUAGUGGUGAGGGGGUAAAAGUGAAGCAGGAACCUAGCUGGGACUCUGAUCCAGAAGAUGAACGGUUGCGAGAUCUCAAAGAGCGAGAUGAGUUUGCAGCCCGAUUGCGUGACCGAGACAAAGACAAGACUCGCAACAUCGUUGAGCGCUCCGACAAGAAGGCAUUUGAGGAGGCGGCAAAACGACUGAAACUGGAGGCUGAGGACCGGCAGCGGCUUCUGCCUCGGUUGCGGAUUGAGUCGAGACGUCAGUAUCUGGAGAAGCGGAAAGAAGACAAACUGGUUGAGCUGGAAGCUGACAUCCAUGAUGAGAAUUUCCUCUUCUCAGAUGUAAAACUGACCGAUCGCGAGCGUAAGGAGCUGGAGUACAAGCAGAAGGUUCUGCAGCUGGCCAAAGAGCAUGACAAGGCUCGGGAGCUGGAGAAAGUGCAGCGAUACCGCAUGCCCCAGGAACGCAAGGGCAAGGACGACAUUGAGGAGUACGUUGAAGUGGACGAGCGUGAGCAGGUGCCACAGGCAGAGCAGCGCAAGUGGGAAGAAGAGCGGAUGGGCAUUGCCCGCAUGAGCUUUGGUGCGAGGGACGCCAAGGAGAAGCACAGGGAGGAGAAAUAUGACCUCAUCUUGGAUGAUGCCAUUGAGUUCGUCCAAGCUCUCCGUGUACCAGGUACAAAGCACAAGGACAGCAAACCCGAGCCAGAGCUGAGUGAGCACGAGCGCAAAAAGCUGAGCCUCCAGGAGACACGUCGCAGCCUUCCCGUCUUUCCCUUUCGGGAAGAUCUCCUCCAAGCUGUUGCUGAUCACCAGGUGCUGAUUAUUGAAGGUGAAACUGGCUCAGGCAAAACGACACAGAUCCCCCAGUACCUUUACGAAGCUGGCUACACAGCUGACAAGAUGAAGAUAGCCUGCACCCAGCCGCGACGAGUUGCUGCCAUGAGUGUGGCUGCUCGAGUCUCUGAGGAGAUGGGUGUCAAACUGGGAAAUGAGGUGGGCUACAGCAUCCGAUUCGAGGACUGCACAUCAGAGCGGACAGUGCUGAAGUACAUGACAGAUGGCAUGCUUCUCAGGGAAUUUCUCUCUGAGCCAGAUUUGGCUAGCUACAGUGUGGUCAUAGUGGACGAGGCACACGAGCGCACACUUCACACAGAUAUCCUGUUUGGCCUGGUCAAGGACAUUGCACGAUUUAGGCCAGACCUCAAGCUGCUGAUCUCCUCAGCAACCCUGGAUGCUGAAAAGUUCUCUGAGUUCUUCGAUGAUGCACCUAUAUUCAAGAUUCCAGGGAGGAGAUUUCCGGUGGACAUCUACUACACCAAGGCUCCCGAGGCAGACUACCUGGACGCAUGCGUGGUGACAGUGCUGCAGAUCCACAUCACCCAGCCGCUGGGUGACAUCUUGGUCUUCCUCACAGGGCAAGAGGAAAUUGAAGCCUGCCAGGAGAUGCUCAUGGAGAGGACUCGCAAGCUGGGCUCCAAGAUCCGGGAGCUGAUGAUCCUGCCAAUCUAUGCCAACCUGCCCACUGAGCUGCAGGCCAAAAUCUUUGAACCGACACCUAUAGGGGCUAGAAAGGUGGUGCUGGCAACUAACAUUGCAGAGACCUCUCUGACAAUUGAUGGCAUCAUCUACGUCAUUGAUCCAGGCUUCUGCAAGCAAAACAGCUACAACGCACGUACAGGCAUGGACUCGCUGGUUGUCACACCCAUCUCCAAGGCAUCCGCCCGGCAGCGUUCAGGCCGUGCAGGUCGUGUGGCUGCAGGCAAGUGCUUCCGCCUCUACACUGCAUGGGCAUACGAGCAUGAGCUCGAGGAUAACACAGUGCCCGAGAUCCAGCGGGUGAACCUCGGAAAUGUGGUACUAAUGCUCAAGUCAUUAGGCAUCAACGAUCUGCUCCACUUCGACUUCCUCGACCCACCUGCUCACGAGACUUUGGUCCUUGCCCUGGAGCAACUGUAUGCGCUGGGUGCUCUGAACCAUCUGGGUGAGCUCACAAAACUGGGCCGGCGGAUGGCUGAAUUUCCCGUUGACCCUAUGAUGGCCAAAAUGCUCAUCGCAUCUGAGAAGUAUCGCUGCUCAGAGGAGGUGCUCACCAUCGCUGCCAUGCUGUCGGUGAACAGCUCUGUCUUCUACCGGCCCAAGGACAAGGCCUUACAUGCUGACACGGCACGCAAGAACUUCUUCUCCCCGGCUGGGGACCACCUGACGCUCAUGAAUGUCUACAACCAGUGGGUCGACACUGACUAUUCGACCCAGUGGUGCUACGAGAACUUCUUGCAACAGCGCUCCAUGAAGCGGGCUCGUGACAUUCGUGACCAGCUUCAAGGGCUCAUGGAGCGGGUCGAAAUUGAGCUGCUGUCCAACAGGGAUGAUAGCAUCACCAUUCGUAAGGCCAUUACAGCCGGUUACUUCUACCACACAGCCCGCUUUUCCAAGGGGGGCCACUACAAGACUGUGAAGCACCAGCAGACAGUAAUGAUGCACCCAAACAGCUCGCUCUUUGAAGACCUGCCUCGCUGGGUGGUCUACUUUGAGUUGGUCUUCACCACUAAGGAGUUCAUGCGCCAAGUCAUUGAAAUUGAGAACUCUUGGCUGCUGGAGGUAGCGCCACACUACUACAAGGCCAAAGACCUUGACGACAGCUCAACAAAGAAGAUGCCCAAGAACACAGGGAAGGCGAGAGCCGAUCUUGUGCGAGUCCACUGACCUUAGAGAUAUACAUUUGUGCGUGCUCAGAUGGUAGGGCCUUAGCAUCUUCUCACCACAUGACUGGUGAUGUUUGUGCAGGGACGACAUCUUUGAACUUGCAUCCAGACAUCAGCUAAUAUGUGAAUGAUGUGCUCGAAGGAUGCAGUGGCCCAUGCUAGUUUAUGCAUGCAAUUUUUAGAGCAUGUUGCUCACUAGCAACAAACAAGGACAAUUGUGAAGUGUAAAGAUUUAGCUGAUGCACAACUAUGGUCCAGUUUAUUGUGAUGUGUGUGCUUGGACUUGCGGUGAUCAUGAUAUGCCCACUGGCAAGGGUUGGAGUAUGAUGGUGAGUACUAUUGCGCUCAUUACGAGCUACAAUGCACUACUGCUUCACCAUGCACUUUCGUGUUGUAGCUGAGCGCCAUAGUAGACUGUUGUUGUAGGAUGACCUUAGCACGAUUUGUAGGUACCGAUACUCUGUUGUUUUGACUCUUCAAUAGUAUGUGGCACAUCCUAGACUGGCACACAGCCACAAUGCAACACAACCUACACCCUCUUCAAAAGCCUGUACAUCUGUGUACUUUGUGACUGAUGGUCUUUGUGUAAAGAUGUUAGCACACUGAUAAGAUUGAAAAGCUUUGUUUUUACUGUACAUAUGGUAAAUAAGAGCCAUUUUUUUACUUCCA